GGGGCGGCCAGGAGGAGUGCGGCGACCGGUGCCCCGCGGGGAUCUUGAGGCUUCCGAUGUCCCUCCGGUGCCACAAGGCCAAGAAGCAGGUGCGCUUCCUGGGUACGCCGCUGUCCCCGAUCCCUGGGACGCCAGUGGCCGUCGACGCCGAG